GGUCAGCUAAAGGGUAAAGAUAUUGACUAUGAAAGAAAAAGUGAUCUGUAUAAAGACAUAGUCACAUUUUUAAGGAGAGAUCACCUAGAUUUGUAGAAAAUAUGGCUAAACAGGAAUAUAGUAUGUCUAAAGAAACAGCACCCAAGAAGAAUUAUCAGCAUGCGGAAGGUGCUGCUAUUUCUGGCCAAUCACAGAGCCUUCAUAAUCUUACAGAAAAGACUGAAUGUGAGAAAGGGAAAGGUUCUUCAGCAGGACCCACUGACCAUAGGUUAAAACCACAUAUGAAGUGGAAAAGCAGUGGGCUUUCUGCUUCCCAAAGUAGUGACAAGGUUCCAAAAAAAUACUCUGAAGGAGAAGGGAAGAGUGGAACUGGAUCUCUGACUACAAAAAAGAAAGCCAGUGGCAAAUCUAAAUCGGUUAAAAUUCAAGAAACUUCAAAAUGUAAAGCAUCAAUCAGCCUUGAAGACAGUGAAAGUUCCUCAGAGACUGAUGAGGAUGAACAGCCUGUACGUCGUCAGGAAGGAAGCACCGAUUUGUCAGCAGAAUACUGGGGAAUUCAAAAACUUGCAAAAUAUGUAAAAGGAGGUGAUCCAACAGCCACUCUAAUUGCACUGUGUUCAAUGAGGGAUUUCAAUCUGUCUGAAGAAACCUGUCAGCUGGCCAUCAAAGACACUGGAUGUCUUGAAGUGUUAAUAAAUUUACUUGAUACAGAAGAAAUUAAAUGUCAGACUGGUUCAUUAAAAAUCCUGAAGGAAAUUAGUCAAAAUAUAUUGAUCAGACAUGCAAUUGCAGAUCUUGGAGGAUUAGAGAUCAUGGUGAAAAUACUGGACUCUCCAGAUACUGAUCUAAAAUGUUUAGCAGCUGAAACAAUUGCCAAUGUUGCUAGAUUUAAACGAGCACGAAAGACAGUAAGGAAACAUGGAGGAAUCAAGAGAUUGGUUGAGCUGUUGGAAUCUAUUUCAGUGGGAUCAUCAUACCAAGCCAAAGACACUGAAACAGUACGCUGUGCAGCUUUGGCACUCUGGAGCUGCAGCAAAAGCACCAAAAACAAGAAAGCAAUCCGUAAAGCUGGUGGCAUUCCAUUACUAGCUAGAUGGCUCAAAUGCUCACACGCAAACAUCUUAAUCCCAAUAGUGGGGACACUACAGGAAUGUGCCUCAGAGCCAAGUUACAGACUUGCAAUAAGAACAGAAGGCAUGAUUGAGAACCUAGUGAAAAAUCUGAGUAGUGAACAUGAGGAGCUCCAGAUGCAUUGUGCAAGUGCCAUAUUUAAGUGUGCAGAAGAUGAAGAAAUACGUGACCUGGUUAGAAAACAUGAAGGUCUACAACCACUAUCUGCUCUGCUUGAUAAAAGUGAAAACAAACAACUUUUGGCAGCUGUGACAGGAGCAAUCUGGAAAUGUGCAAUCAGUAGAGAAAAUGUGUUAAAAUUUGAGGAAUAUAAAACCGUAGAAACUUUGGUAACAUUGCUGACUGAUCAGCCUGAAGAGGUCCUUAUAAAUGUCAUUGGAGCACUGGGAGAAUGUUGCCAAGAGGAAGAAAAUCGAGGCACCAUCCGCAGAUCUGGUGGAAUUGCACCUAUGGUGAACUUACUGACUGCAACUAAUCCGGCCCUGCUUGUGAAUGUCAACAAAGCAGUGGGAGGUUGUGCAAUGGAACCUGAAAAUAUGGCGAUAAUUGACAGUCUAGAUGGAGUCCGCUUGCUAUGGUCAUUGUUGAAAAAUCCUAACCCAGAUGUUCAAGCAAGUGCAGCUUGGGCUCUUUGUCCUUGUGUUGAAAAUGCUAAGAAUUCUGGGGAGAUGGUUCGAUCUUUUGUUGGCGGCUUGGAACUGAUAGUCAAUUUGCUAAAAUCAAAGGAUAAAGAAGUUUUAACAAGUGUAUGUGCAGCCAUUGCAAAUAUAGCUCAAGAUCAAGAAAACUUAGCUGUUAUGACAGAUCAUGGAGUUGUCCCUCUGUUGUCCAAGCUAGCAAACACAAACAAUAACAAGUUAAGACGUCACUUAGCAGAGGCCAUUGCCCACUGUUGCAUGUGGGGCAGCAACAGAGUUGCCUUUGGAGAGGCCAAGGCUGUGGCUCCUUUAGCACGUUCCUUGAAGUCAAAGGAUCCAUUAGUUCAUAGAGCUACAGCUCAGGCUUUAUAUCAGCUUUCAGAGGAUCCCAACAACUGUGUCAUCAUGCAUGAAAACGGAGUGGUGAAGCCUCCUCCCUGCUUCCCAUCAGCAAAUGGAGAAAUUACAGUCGGGUCGGUGAAUCCCGACGCCAAGCUGCCCCUCUUCCAGGAACCCUUUCACCAAUGCCUGUGGCUGUGUGACGUCACCGAUAGCGGCCGUGACGUCACGCAGCCGUGGCGGCGGGGUGACGGGAUGGCGGUGAGCCCCACAAGGACCCCACGGCGGCUGAGCCCCGGGGUCGGUCCGCAGAGCGCCGCAUGUUGCCCCCUCCGUCCCCACCGCCGCAGCGCCGAGCCAGCGGAGAUCCGCGCACCCUCCGCGCUGGCUCUGCAGCCCAGGGAAACGGGAGGGAAAGGCCAGGCUGAUGGAGCGGGCGGGGGAUACGAGUGGUAG